AUGAAUGCUGUGUCUUAUAUCACAAAUAAUAUAAUUCCACCUAAACUUGAAGAAACUAGCCCGAGAAAAGCCAAAGAAUCUAACGCAAGAGAUGAUCCUAAUGAUAAUGACAAGAGCAACAGUUGUGAUACCGAGAAAAAGAGCAGGGCCGAAUGGGCCCUAGUGUGUUCCAUAAUAACAUUCCUACCUAACAUGCUUAUCAUAAAACCUAUUCUUUUCAUUUGGUAUAUCAUCACUUUUCCCCUCAGUCUGAUGGAGCAUGUGCCAACGGAUAGUGAGGAAGUGGAGCAAGACAGCAGCCCUCGAACAGAAUCAGUUGGGAAAAUCGGAGACAGCAAAAUAGAAACGAUUGUAGAAGAAGAGGAUGAUGAUCUGGGGGGAGACGAGAUCAUACUCCAACAAGAUGCGGUGAAAGGCUCGCUGACCACAAGUCUCGAAAUACCAAAUCAAACGAAACUCACGAAGCCCGUCAACAGAUCAAGCAUACGGUCCGGAAGCUCAGGGACAGCCCUAGGCACUCAACGUAUGGGACGCUUUCUCUUCCCCAAGAAAUUGAUACCGCAGUCUGUGUUGAACAGAGAAAAACGAAAGACAUUAGUACUCGAUUUGGACGAGACUCUUAUUCAUUCGAUGUCGCGGGGAACUUCCUCGAGCAACUCUUCGCAGGGUCACAUGGUUGAAGUCAAAUUUUCGACUAGCGGCAUUUCAACACUCUACUACGUCCACAAGCGUCCUUACUGUGACUUGUUUCUCAGCAAAGUCAACAAGUGGUAUGACUUGGUUAUAUUUACAGCAUCAAUAAAAGAAUAUGCCGAUCCUGUCAUUGAUUGGCUCGAGAGUUCAUUUCCCGGGAAGUUCCGUCAGAGGCUUUAUCGACAAGAUUGCAUUUUAAGAGAGGGUGUUGGCUACAUCAAGGACCUCUCUCAGCUUCCUGGCUCUUCUCUUAAUGAGGUCUUCAUUAUAGAUAACAGCCCCGUGAGCUACGCCAUGCAUGUUGACAAUGCUAUCCAAGUUGAAGGUUGGAUCAGCGACCCGACCGAUACUGAUUUAUUGAAUUUAAUACCGUUGCUCGAGGGCUUAAGAUUUACAACGGACAUUCGCAAUGUCUUAUCUCUCAAGAAUGGUGAACAAGCAUUUAACAUAUAG